CUGCCCCAACUCUUCCCCACCCCCAGCGCUCUCCGCCUCGCUCGCCUCCUGUCCUUCCCCUCCCGCUCCAUCCGGGUCGCUGACGGCUGGCUCUGGGCUAGAGGGCAGUGGCGGCUGCUUUUCUCUGAGGAACCCGGUAAAGUUUCACAGGAGCCGAGGAGGUGAGCCGCGGAGCAGCUUCACCGGCGCCGGAGGAGCUCUGGUGUUCGCAGCCACUGGCUGAAGGAGGAGGGUCCGGGAGCUGGAAACCUGUCUCAGCUGCUGCGCUGCCUCCCUCUUGCGGGAGGCGCCGCCCCCAGCCGCCCUGGGCUUCCCCUGCCUUGAAGGGCCGGGUGAGUCGUUGCCCCGACAUAGGGAUACCUCCAGCUUGCCAGUGUUUCAGAAGGGAGUGUUUUAUUGAAACUGGAAGACCAAAAGAAUUACAAACAUGUUGUGCUGGGGAAAUGCAUCUUUUGGACAGCUAGGUUUGGGUGGAAUUGAUGAAGAAAUUGUACUAGAGCCCAGAAAAAGUGACUUUUUUAUAAAUAAAAAGGUUCGAGAUGUAGGAUGUGGACUCAGACAUACUGUAUUUGUUCUGGAUGAUGGAACAGUAUACACAUGUGGAUGUAAUGAUCUAGGGCAGCUAGGUCAUGAAAAAUCGAGAAAGAAACCAGAGCAGGUUGUUGCGCUGGAUGCUCAAAAUAUCGUUGCUGUUUCAUGUGGAGAAGCUCAUACAUUAGCACUAAACGACAAGGGCCAGGUGUAUGCUUGGGGUCUCGAUUCUGAUGGACAACUUGGCCUGCUAGGAUCAGAGGAAUGUAUCAGAGUACCCAGAAAUAUUAAAAGUUUGUCGGAUAUCCAGAUAGUACAGGUUGCUUGUGGCUACUAUCAUUCACUUGCACUUUCUAAAGCAAGUGAAGUCUUCUGUUGGGGACAGAAUAAAUAUGGCCAGUUGGGUUUAGGCAUUGACUGUAAAAAGCAAGCUUCACCACAACUGAUUAAGUCUUUACUUGGAAUCCCUUUCAUGCAAGUUGCAGCAGGAGGAGCCCAUAGUUUUGUACUCACCCUUUCUGGAGCUAUCUUUGGAUGGGGACGCAACAAAUUUGGUCAACUAGGUCUUAAUGAUGAAAAUGAUAGGUAUGUUCCUAAUUUACUAAAGUCACUAAGAACUCAGAAAAUAGUUUAUAUUUGUUGUGGAGAAGAUCACACUGCUGCACUAACCAAGGAAGGUGGAGUGUUUACUUUCGGAGCUGGAGGGUAUGGUCAGUUGGGUCAUAACUCUACCAGUCAUGAAAUAAACCCAAGGAAAGUGUUUGAACUUAUGGGAAGCAUUGUCACUCAGAUUGCUUGUGGAAGGCAGCACACUUCUGCUUUUGUUCCUUCAUCAGGACGAAUUUAUUCUUUUGGACUUGGUGGUAAUGGACAGCUAGGAACUGGUUCAACAAGCAACAGAAAAAGUCCUUUCACUGUGAAAGGAAAUUGGUUCCCUUAUAAUGGACAAUGUCCACCAGAUUUUGUUUAUUAUUUGGCUACGCUGGGUCUUCAUUACUGCCUGCGGGCUUUCUCUAGUUGCGAUUCUGAAGAAUAUUUCUGUGUAAAAAGAAUUUUCUCAGGUGGAGAUCAAAGCUUUUCACAUUACUCUAAUCCCCAGAACUGUGGGCCACCAGAUGACUUUAGAUAUCCUGAUCCUUCGAAGCAGAUCUGGACUGUGAAUGAAGCUCUAAUUCAAAAAUGGCUGAGCUACCCCUCUGGAAGAUUUCCUGUAGAGAUAGCCAAUGAAAUAGAUGGAACGUUUUCUUCGUCUGGUUGUCUAAAUGGAAGUUUUUUAGCUGUUAGCAAUGAUGAUCACUAUAGAACGGGCACCAGAUUUUCAGGGGUUGAUAUGAAUGCUGCUAGGCUUUUAUUCCACAAACUUAUACAAUCUGAUCAUCCUCAGAUAUCUCAGCAGGUGGCAGCUAGCUUGGAAAAGAAUCUUAUUCCUAAACUGACUAGCUCCUUACCUGAUGUUGAAGCAUUGAGAUUUUAUCUUACUCUACCAGAAUGUCCCCUGAUGAGUGAUUCCAACAAUUUCACCACAAUAGCAAUUCCCUUUGGUACAGCUCUUGUGAACCUAGAAAAGGCACCACUGAAAGUACUUGAAAACUGGUGGUCAGUACUUGAACCUCCACUAUUCCUCAAGAUUGUAGAACUUUUUAAGGAGGUUGUGGUACAUCUUUUGAAACUCUACAAGAUCGGCAUUCCCCCUUCUGAAAGAAGAAUUUUCAACAGUUUUCUUCAUACCGCAUUAAAGGUUUUAGAAAUAUUACAUAGGGUAAAUGAGAAAACUGGACAGAUUAUACAAUAUGAUAAAUUUUAUAUACAUGAAGUACAAGAAUUGAUAGACAUACGGAAUGAUUAUAUCAACUGGGUCCAACAGCAGGCCUAUGGAAUGGAUGUCAACCAUGGAUUAACUGAGUUGGCAGAUAUCCCUGUUACAAUCUGCACAUAUCCAUUUGUAUUUGAUGCCCAAGCAAAAACUACUCUGUUACAAACAGAUGCAGUCUUACAGAUGCAGAUGGCUAUUGACCAGGCCCACAGACAGAAUGUCUCCUCUCUUUUUCUCCCAGUGAUUGAAUCUGUGAAUCCUUGCUUAAUUCUAGUGGUACGUAGAGAAAAUAUAGUAGGAGAUGCAAUGGAAGUCCUUAGGAAAACAAAGAAUAUAGACUACAAAAAGCCACUCAAGGUUAUAUUUGUUGGAGAAGAUGCUGUUGAUGCAGGAGGGGUACGCAAAGAAUUUUUCUUGCUCAUCAUGAGGGAAUUAUUGGAUCCUAAAUAUGGCAUGUUUAGGUAUUAUGAAGAUUCCAGGCUCAUUUGGUUUUCUGAUAAGACAUUUGAAGACAGUGAUUUGUUCCACUUGAUUGGUGUUAUCUGUGGAUUAGCAAUUUAUAAUUUUACUAUUGUGGACCUCCAUUUUCCUUUGGCUUUGUAUAAGAAACUGCUAAAAAAGAAGCCAUCUCUGGAUGAUUUGAAAGAACUAAUGCCUGAUGUUGGGAGAAGCAUGCAACAGUUACUGGAUUAUCCAGAAGAUGAUGUUGAGGAAACAUUUUGUCUUAAUUUUACGAUCACAGUUGAAAACUUUGGUGCAACAGAAGUGAAAGAACUGGUUCUAAAUGGUGCAGACACAGCUGUUAACAAACAAAAUCGGCAGGAGUUUGUUGAUGCUUAUGUGGAUUACAUAUUCAAUAAAUCAGUGGCUUCCUUAUUUGAUGCUUUUCAUGCGGGCUUUCAUAAGGUCUGUGGAGGAAAAGUCCUUCAGCUCUUCCAGCCUAAUGAACUACAAGCAAUGGUUAUUGGAAAUACAAAUUAUGACUGGAAGGAACUGGAAAAGAAUACAGAAUACAAAGGAGAAUAUUGGGCAGAACAUCCUACAAUAAAAAUGUUUUGGGAAGUAUUUCACGAAUUACCAUUGGAAAAGAAAAAGCAAUUUUUGUUAUUUUUGACAGGUAGUGAUCGCAUUCCUAUUCUUGGUAUGAAGAGUCUAAUACUAGUCAUCCAGUCAACAGGAGGUGGUGAGGAAUAUCUCCCAGUUUCCCAUACCUGUUUUAAUCUUCUGGAUCUUCCAAAAUACACGGACAAAGAAACUCUACGCUCUAAACUGAUCCAAGCUAUUGACCACAAUGAAGGCUUCAGUUUAAUAUAACUUUGGAGUUAUAACUAUUCAGUUUACUGCAAAAGCAUUAAACUAUUAGUGUGUUUUUUUGUGGUGAUGAAUCCAGCAAGGUGACAGAGGUACUAUUAUAAUUCUUACUUGCAAAAUGUUCAAUGCAAUGAGUAUUCAUGAAAGCCAAAAAACAUUAAAGGAAAUGAACAAACUGUGUUAAUAUUAAACUUACUGUACAGAACCAUGGAUUUUUUUUUUGCCAUCUUCCAAUAAACAUACAAGUAUUGUGAAUACAUGGAAGUUUUACUAACAUGAAUUUUAAGAGUUUGCAUAUUUCACAAAUGAUCUGGUGUGUGAGUGCAUGAAAAUGUUGCUUAAUUUUUCUUCAAUCACGGCUCAAAAACCUCUAACUUUGGCCUGCAAUAGUCAUUUGAUUAUUUUUUCAUUUUGUAAAUACUGUUAAGUUUUGUAAUAAAAUAGUUAUGUUCUGAUACCA